CCCAUAUAUGUGGUGUGUUUCUACUCUCCCUAGCAAGGGCCAGUCUUGGCACUGUACACAAUCUCUCUGUUUCUCUCUCUUCCGUUUGCUUUGAUAUUAUCUCCCAUUCUCUAUUUUCUCCCUUUCCUUUAAUCGUUGCUGCUCUCAAGUGUAUAUGCACUUUUAUAGUACCUAGAUGAAGGAUCAAAUCGCCAGUUGGUUAUCUGUUUCUGUUUUGUGUAUGGAUUAUUUGGAAGUUAUAAUGUACAGGACCAAGUUGUACAUGGUUGAGGACGAAUGAUAGUGGUGGCAUCUGUUUGAAAGACAGAAAUGGAUUUUCAGAGUAACCCACAGGGUGAACAUGGAAGAUUUGAGCAAAUACUUGCUCAAUUUCUUCUGAAAAGCUUGCAUAUUAUUUUGGACUCAAGGGUUCCUUCGAUACGACCUUAUGGUGAGAUUGGAGAAGUGAAGAAGAGUGACAAGUGGUUCAAUUUGGUGUUGGGAGAUCGUCCUGUUGUUCUUGAUAACUUGAAUUUGUUGCACAGAAAUUUGAUGGAACCAAUAAUAAUAGAUAUAAUACUCGUUCAAGAUAAGCCUAGUACUUUAUCUAAGCACAAUUCAGGCACAACAUUUGCAGGGACAUAUACUGAAACCGUUAUAGAGAGGUGGGUGGUGCAAUGUGAGAAUAGGAGGUCGAUGGUUCCUCACAUGGGUGAUUCCUCUUUCAAGAAAACAUACAAGAAGUCUAUCAUACUCCUCCGUUCCCUUUAUUCAAUGAUGAGGCUCCUGCCUGCAUUCAAGGCCUUCAGGAAACUGUCUUUGUCGAGUCAGAGCUGUUCUUUUGAUAUUAAUUUUAAGGUAUCUUCAUUUAUUGAACCAUUCUCAAGGGCAGAGGAGGAGAUGAUGAAGCAAUAUACUUUUACUUCAGUUGAUGCCCAGCAAGGCCGGCUUUCUUUAUCUGUGACAUAUCGUGAAAAUCUGAUGGACUUCAACCUGGACACUUCUGCAUCCUUUCCUCCUGAGAUCAUUACAGAUUAUGUUGGUAGUCCGCUCACUGAUCCUAUGAGGUCAUUCCCUUUAAUUUCAAUGGAUAAGGGUGUUCAUCAUACUUCAUUUCCAUUGAGAAGGACACAGUCAUCUUCUUCAGCACCUCAGCGCCCGCAGAGUUGGACAAGUGGUCUCUUCAGGGCACCUUCUUUACCUCAGCCAUAUGUAGGAUCUCCACCUUUAUACCAUGCACCAUAUGAACUUUCAAGUUCAGUCAGCGAUGUAUAUGAACAGAAGGUUCCACCUAACUACAAAUUUCCCGGUCACAGGAAAGUAACUAGUUUUGGUGAUGACCUGCUUUCCCCUCCAUUUUCACCAUCUCCAUCUCCAUCCCCAUCUCCUUCUUCACCCUCAUAUCUCUCAGGUGCAAAUCUCGUGCAGGCUCGUUUGCGUCCAGAAACUGGUCCCGUUCCCAUCCCUCAUCCAUUGAUAGGCAGAACUUCCAGACACCUAUCUCCUAAUUUGUCUGAUCCAAACAGGCAUUAUCUCCCACCCAUGUCACCUAGAACAUCCCAUGAAUCCCCUUCUGGAAUUAGGACAUCAAGGAAAAUGGAUUUGCUGAGGGCUCCAGAGCCAGAUACUGGGACUACUAAUCCUGGACAAAAGUUGUCUACAGAUGCUAGAGACGAUUCAGGGCGGUUCUCAGGUGUGCUAUCUUCAAGUGAUUCACCACGUGUUGGAUUUUCUAGAAGUUCUAGCAGCAGAUUGUCUUUUCAGGAUGACUUGGAUGAUUGUGAUUUUUCCUGUCCUUUUAUAGUUGAUGAUGUAGAUACUUCUGAUUCCAGAGCCAGAGAGACCCUUGAAUCCAGAAAAGGUUCAGAAGCCCCGUCUCAAGUAUCUGCGACAACCAAAAAAUCUCAAGACGCUGCUGUAGGCGCCCUUGUUUACAUGCUGAGGACUGCUCCCCCUCUGCGUCAAGAUUCUACCUGUUACACCACACAUCCUGUAAAGCCAGAAAUAGAGGGAGAAGCAGGCACUGCAUCUCAGUCCUAUGUUCCUAGGAAGGCAUCGGAUGCUUUGGAGGAGCUCAAAGCUUACACACAAUUGAAAGAUACGUUACUUCCCAAGAGCACGACCCACUCAAGCAGUGAGGGUGAAACUUAAGUGUGAUGUAAAUAUACACUUGUUGCUAAACGGUUGGUUAAACUCCUUUACUGUGUGAGAUGAGUGAAAAACUUGAACAGAUGCUGUACAUAGGUGAUGGGAAAUGACAAGUAUUAUAGUCGAUAUAUUACCUGAUUUUGACA